UUGAUCGCCACGGUUGUCGUUCUUCCAGAAACCUGGUCGGUCGGUUCCCUGUCACAACACGCGUCAUUAUCGCGAUCCCCCGAAAUUCCGCGGUUCUGUGAACGGGAUCGCCGAUUUCGAAACGGCGCGAUCUCCGCUGUGAACAGUGACACUGUCGACGGUGACGGUCGAUUUCUCGUCGAAUUUCCGAACACAAAAUUACCGAGAAGUUUAUAACAACGCGAAACGUUGUGAAUCGUAGUUUGUGAAGUUCUCUCUCGGGUGGUGACAACUCGAACUUAAUUAAUUCCGGGAAGAUAUGUCGCGCCUCGUCGCGGCGUCCCUUCUUUUGGGCAUUCUGGACGAAGCGACGCAGCUGCGAGAUCUAUGAACAAUUUACAGUAUUAUUCCGUGAAACGAUGAACCGAUCGAACGACUGGCAUUUCAUUGAUAUUUCGAGUGGUAGAAGUGCUGUAACAGCCGUUUUGGUGAACGAGGGUGAGAUGAAGUCCGCUCCGCGAUGCACCGGUUGAGCAUCGACGCGCACUGUCGCUCAAAAGUAUGCGUCGCUCUGAAUCGCAACGAUCGUCCGACAGUGAUUACAGUAAUUAAUAAGUCAUUAGUAGACUUUACAUUGGCUUUAUAGUCUCCACUUUAUUCGUUAUUAGCAAAGUUACCUCGCCAAUGUUUUUCACCACCGCGUUGACCAAUCUCCACGUAGGGACUUUCAAGCGACGAUACAUCGAUAUUCCUCGAUCGAUGAACAUCGUCGAAACGAUCGCGCGAUUAUUCGAAGUCUGUUAAAACGAUUAAUCCGCGACUGUUUCGCGCUGCAAAAUCGCGUGCCGGACUUUUUAGUCGAAGAAAAAGUCGCGGGCUACUCUCCGACGUAAUUAAUCAUUCGGAGAUAAUUAACGACGACGCAAGCGUUCCGCUUAUAUUACCCGGCGAACUGGAAGAGCGGAACACCAGGGGUUUACCCGGCGUUUAGUAAACAUUGUUUGCGGACAAUUAACCGGAUUCCGGUGACAACUGCUUCGUUAUUUCGGUGCGGGAUGUUGUCGGAGCUCGAACCAAUUAUUCGAAAUCGUUGGCGUAAGGAUUCUGUUGUCCAAAAAAAGAGACGGUUCGUGUAAUUUGUUUGUUUGUUUUUGCUUCACGUGGUAGCGAUGCACGUACGUGUAUGCAGGAGUAAUUGCCAUGUGCGCUAAAGCUCGUCGAAAGUGGAGAAGUCGAACGCGGUGUGUACAGUGCGUCGGAAAAGUAUUCGCUCGUUUUAUAUUAACAUUCGAAGCCGUUUGACGGAAAUGCAGACGUUUUAUCCGGGAAGAAAAUUGGACGGGCGAUAAAGGUCAGGAAAUAGAGUUGACACGGACUAAACGGAAUUUAUGAAAGCUAACGUAAAUAGUUAAUAACUAGACCGCGGAUUUUACGUAUUUAUUAUAUGAAUGAGCGAAAUGUCAAACAGCGAAGGCAUUUCAAAAUUGCAAGACCCCUGAUUACGUUUUCUCGAAUUUUAUUGAAAUCAUUCGAAGGAGAAAUACACAUUUUAAUUAACUUCUGCAACCGACGGUCGAUUUAUAAAAUUCUUAUAUCGCAUAAUCCGCGGUAUAUCGCGUGAUAACCUUUUUUUAGUCAAUUUUCACGUGCAAUUUGAUAGAUCGAUAUCGAUGCGGGCAAUUUCUUAGCACGAAGAAAAUUGGAUAUCUGUUCGUUCCGCCGUAUUUUUAGAAAGGCAAAAUUGAUAAUUAGGGAGAGGUUGAGGCAGGUCGUUCGAAGAGCGCAAUUCAUAACUAGUUGAGGCGUCACGAUCGGCUGGAACGAGGCGGAAUUAGGUUCCGAAUAGAUUUCGAUAAGACGGGAGUUAAUUGGUGUUAACCGACUGUGCCAAGGUAAAUACUUGAGGUGCUGCGACCCACAUACGGCGUUUAUGAGUGAUAGACGGGAUGGCCGUACAAAGGAGGCAGGAUAAAAAUAUUUAUCUCCAGCACCUACCACCGUAACAAGAACCGAUUCGCCGAUUGACGGAGUGCGCCGGUUGAAGAAGACGGGAACCUGGGAACCGUGGGUGGAACGGCUGAUUACCGGUUCGGAUAUAGCCGGCGCCCUCCGGAGCGACACUCCGACGAAGUGAACCAGCUCUUGGAAGCAGUUUAUAAUGUCACUUAAUACCACCUUGUUAACGAUACCCGCGGCCGCCUGGAACUCGAAGGACACCGUAUCCGGUCCCCGUUCGCGGCUCCCGAUGGAUUUUCCUCGCGAGUCGACACUUCGCGAACUCCGCAGUCUCUGCAAGAUCGCCACGCGAAUUAGCGGUGGUUACAACGUAAAACUGCCCACGUAGAACCACAUCGAGGAUCGAUUUGCCGGCCCAGGAGACCUCCGUCGUAGAUCUCUCCGUAGAUCUGCCACCAAACAUGUGAGCCGGGCCGAAACGGGGCUUCGACAGAAACGCCGGCCUACUCGAGCGGAAUUUGAAAGAGCGGAGGAGAUGGACAAUUGACACGGACUCUGUGCAGAUGAUUCGAUCGGCCCCGGCUGGAAAAUGUUGUCCACGGUGUCCAGUGUCCCGCUCGAGUUGAAUUCCUCCUACUACGCGACCGUCAUCGGGAACGAUGCCCACGAUGAUCUGCCCGUGGUCGAGUCCGAAAAUGCGACCACCUACAUGCUGCCUGCUUACAUUCGCACCACGUCCAUGAUCGUCUGCAUCGUCGUGAUGGUCCUUGGAAUAAUAGGAAACCUCAUGGUACCAUUGGUCGUGUUCCGAGGAAAAGACAUGCGGAACAGUACGAACAUCUUCCUGGUGAACCUGAGCGUGGCCGACCUUUUCGUCCUUCUGAUUUGCACCCCCACUGUCCUCGUCGAGGUUAACUCCGGACCGGAAGUGUGGCCGCUCGGGGAACAUAUGUGUAAAGCCGUACCAUUCGUAGAGUUGACAGUAGCUCAUGCUUCAGUCUUGACGAUCCUGGCGAUCAGUUUCGAGCGUUACUACGCGAUCUGCGAGCCCUUGAGAGCAGGAUACGUGUGCACGAAGGCCAGGGCGACGUUCCUCUGCCUGCUGGCGUGGGUGGCGGCAGCGCUCUGUACCAGCCCGAUCCUGCUGAUGGUCAGAUACGAGGACGAGGACAUACCGACGUGCAACACAGAGGCGGACAGCACCUGGAUGAUCGCGUUCUUCGUGACGACGAUCGUGAUCUUCUUCGUGAUCCCGCUGCUGAUCCUGGUGGUGUUGUACACGGUGAUCGCGCUGCACCUGAUGGCGAACCCGACGAUCAGCCGGGGCUCGUCGAACAACUUGCUCAAGUACCGCAAGCAGGUGAUGCUGAUGCUCGGAACGGUGGUGCUGUGCUUCUUCCUGUGUUUGCUACCGUUCAGAGCGUUCACCCUGUGGAUCCUGGUGGUUUCGACGGAGACGAUCAUCGACAUCGGCAUCGAGAACUACUUCUGCCUGCUCUACUUCUGUCGGGUGAUGCUGUACCUGAACUCGGCGAUCAACCCGAUCCUGUACAACCUGAUGUCAACGAAGUUCCGGGAGGGUUUUCUCCGGCUUUGCGGUCUGGGGCCCAACCGCAGGAAAAAGAAGAAAACGUCGGACAGAACGGGCACCUACAAUACCGGCUCUACGAACUGCAGCAGCAACCAAUCGGACUUCUGGAGGCGGCACAGCAGCAACAAAAGCUGCAGUGUGAAGGGGUCAGAGAUUCGUUAUUCUUCUGACGGGGUCGCCGAUAAGUUGGACCGACAAAAGCAACACGAUAGUAAGAGGAGAGAUUUCAAUUCGUGACAGCCCAUCCUUUUCGCCAGCCAUGUUCGGAGUAUCGUUUAAUGAAACGCGAAUGCCAAGCCAUAGAAACGGCAACCCUUUGCGGGCCGGGUAUCAUCCUGGGUUUAUUUUUCCGAAUCAUCGCUGUCAUCGCACGCAUCACACUCUAGAGCACUGUAGCGAGUAGAAUCGAAACGCAUCAUUUGCACCAGCACGCAGCCACCGGCACAAAACCGACACUGGCUUCGAACAAACACACGCGCAAAGACAACGCGUAACACCACGAUCGUCCGAGAAACAAUUUGAACCGUAAGUAUGCUCGCGCUAGCAAAAUUAGAUUCACAAAAUCGUAACUGCGACGGCUACACAAAGACGAUUGAAUAGAUGAACACGCAAUCGCGUGUCCGAAUCAGCAGCACAGCCUGAUCAUUUCUUUUCGAACUAUUAUUGUAUGAAAUAGCGUUUUCAAUCUUCUUCAUAGCUUGACGUCGCCAUUAUUGUUUAAUUUAAUAAGAAGAUCAUGCAAUACAUACUAAUUCGAAUAGCGAUGGUUGCUACUGCAUACACAAUUCAAUGUUCACCACAUGAAACUACAGCAUCAUCAUUUUCUUAUAUUUUUAUUAUUUAACAUCGAGUAUAAUUUAUUAAUAUUAAAUACAUCGGUUUGUGUUAUCCACUGUCAAAAUUGGUAUCUACGAUCGAAUUGCGAAUUUCAGGACACGAAGUAUGGCAGAGUAGUUGCAUUACAAUGAUGUCGACGUAGAUUAUCUAGAUAGAGUGCAUCUUAAUAUUGGACCGCAAAGGGUUAUUUCUUGAACAUCGACGGAAACAGAGUGAAUACAAUUUUAUUAUUAUAUUUGUAUGCUAUAAGGCACGACACAAGUGCGUCGAUCGUACACGUUAAUAAUGUAUCAACGUGGAGAGUGUAUUAACAAUCCUCUCGCGAAUGGACGCGCACGAACACGUGAAAGAAAAAAACAGCAAUUAGUAAUUGAACGCUCUCCUCGCGCCUACCGAUGGCUGUUGUUACAAUAAGUAGCUGUAAUCACCUAAACGCGUUCGAUGUCCCUUUCCCAUGAUCUAUAAACGACGAACGAAGACGGCGAGGCUAGUCCGAAAGCUUUAAGUAUGUUAUUUAUUUAUCGAUGACCGUGAGAACGGGGCGCAAAUGAAUAUUUUUGUUAUCGCUGAACUGCGGAUCUUUAUGCAAUUGUAAAAUACAAAACGAUGUGUAUAUUGUAACGAGAAUUCAUUAUUUUUACCGCGAGAGAUCUUUCACUCGACGAAAGAAACAUCUCUCGCAUUGUACAUUUUAGAUCAUUCUCGCAUAAAGAUUCGCAGUCGUUGCUGUCGAAUGUAUUCGAAAUUUAUUGCUCAUCAGGUGGCAAUAAGUAGCGGGUCGCUUUAAUUGUACAUUGAAUCAUUCCACUAGUUUGUAAAAUUUCUUAAUAAAAAUAACGAAUGUACAGCAAAUGAUUCGCCUCCGUGUUGUUCGGUUAAAGACGAUGCGGAGGGCCGUAAUCGAAUCGACGGAUUAAACGCCUGGAGAGAAUUGUAAAGAAUCGCACGAAUUAUACGAGAUCAUUUAUCUCACGGGCUCCAUUCGUUCCUAAUUGUUUGCAAGAUAUUUAUUUUCGUUUAGACGCGUUACGCCGACACGCGGAGUCCUAUGGAGUACCUACAGAGAAACACUUUAUUUUGUUAUGCGAAAUGUAUGUUCCUUGUAAAUAUUUUGUAAAAUAAAAUUAUUACUAUUAA